AUGGGCUUUGACCAACCGUUGAGUUUGAUUCAUCCCCUCCCAGCCUGUUGACCAUCACUUACACUUCCCCUUCUCUUCCCUCCCUCCCUCCCUCCCUCCCUCCUUGCUCUUGACCAUUUUAAUACAUUUUAAUUAUUAUCCUAAACAAACAGUCUUCUUUGGCUACUUAGCUACCUACCUCCUUGCUGGCGAUUUCAUUGCCAUGAACUCGAUGUCUCCAUCUAACGGAAGUACUCCAUCCAGGACCUACGGAGUCACCGGCGCCAUCUCACUGCAACCCGCUACCAAGCCUGAACAACAGCUAACGGUCUCUCUGAUGGAAGAAUUGAAGAGACGUAACAUUUUUGAAUCUCCAGAAGAGGCUCGAGCUCGUGAGAUUGUUUUGGGUCGUUUGGACGUACUCGUUAAACAAUUUGUCAUAAAUGUAUCCAUCUCUCUGGGAAUGUCAGAGGCUGUUGCGCGUGACUCGGGCGGGAAGAUCUUCACCUUUGGAUCUUAUCGUCUUGGCGUUCAUGGUCCUGGGGCUGAUAUCGAUACUCUCUGCGUUGUCCCUCGGCACAUCACCCGAGAACACUUCUUUGAAGUCUUACCAGCUAUGCUCAACGACCGCCCCGAAGUCACUGAACUCGCAACCGUACCUGAAGCUUUUGUACCGAUCAUCAAACUCAAGUUUUCAUCUAUUGAAGUCGAUCUCCUCUUUGCCCGUCUCGCCCUGCCCAGUAUUCCAGACAGUCUCGAACUGAUUGAUGAUGCGCUCUUGAAAAAUCUCGACGAUCGAUGUGUCCGCAGUCUAGGUGGCUCUCGUGUCACGGAUGAGAUCCUCCGUCUUGUGCCUGAUGUCACCGUCUUCAGGGAUAGUCUUAGAGCUAUCAAGCUUUGGGCUAAAUCGCGUGCAGUUUAUAGCAAUGUCAUGGGCUUCUGUGGUGGGGUGGCCUGGGCCAUGUGUGUGGCGCGUGUCUGUCAAUUAUACCCUAACAAACCCGCUGGGACCAUCGUCAACCGAUUCUUUGCCGUCUUGUCCCAAUGGAACUGGCCCUCGCCGGUCUUACUCAAACCUAUAGGCCCCGGUCCCCCUGGUGACCAGCGAAGAAUCUGGAACCCCAAGAUAUAUCCCCAAGAUCGUGGUCAUCGUAUGCCGAUCAUCACUCCUGCCUACCCAUGCAUGUGUAGCACUCACAACAUUACGAAGAGCACUGCCCAGAUCAUGAUGACUGAAUUCAAGCGAGGGCUUGCCGUGACAGAUGAAAUCGCUACUGGUACCAAGCCAUGGGCAGCUUUGUUUGAUAAGCACGAUUUUUUUACUCGCUACCGAUAUUACCUACAAAUCACAGCUUCAUCCCCUAAUGCCGAAAUUCAGCUCAAAUGGGCAGGAACGGUUGAGGCACGGCUGCGGCAACUUGUCAUGAAAGUUGAAGAAGUCGAGACUGUCGACUUGGCACAUCCUUUCAUCAAAGGCUUUGAACGAGAAUCGUAUUACUUGACAUCCGAUGAAGUGCGUGCGAUUCAAGUGGGUGAUGUACCACCUGAUGUCAAAGGCCGCACCCUCGCAGACAUUGAAGGCAAGGAGGGUUCUGGAGCGGUAUACACAAGUUCAUUCUUUAUUGGUCUACUCGUCCAGCCCAAACCCGCUGGUCACACUGGUCCCCGCAAACUCGACAUAUCUUAUCCGGUAGGGGAAUUCACCAGAAUGGUCAAGCAAUGGGAGGGCUAUGCGGAAGAUUCGAUGGGUAUCAUAGUUCGCUACAUAAAGGGAGCACAGCUUCCCGACUACGUUUUCGAUGGAGAGCAGCGCCCUUCCGCCUCGGUACCCAGCUCUAAAGCGUUCAAACGGACAAAGACCGGUAAAGCUAAGCAGGCGACCUCCAGCAUUGAAAUCAUACCCGGUCAACCGACGCCAGGGCCGAUCGAUCUAACUUGCACAACACCGACCGGUCAGCCAUCACAUUCGCAACACCAUGAAGGGCUACCCCAGCAGCAGGAACCCCAACUACAGGAAAGGACGACGACCAUGAAGAAAGCAAGGCCUUCCAGUGGUCUCAACAACGAUUCGGUAGAUAGGAAUCAUACCGCAAUCACCCCACCCUUGAGCGAAAUGAAACUGGCCAAUCAGGAGGCUGAAUCAUCAUCAUCAUCAAACCACGACCGGGAACUUUCCAACAAUCCGCAGCAUGACCCCUCACCCAAUUUGACGAAUGUUUUCGCAUCGGUCCAAGCUUGAUAAGGAUUACUUCAUCACUCCAUUUGAGAGAAAGUCCUAGUGUUGACGCUAAUUCCUCAUCGUUCCUCAAGCCUCUCUGCGACUCCCUGCUUAAUUAGGCAAUCCUCCCAUUGGCCCCUUCACCUUCUGACCCACCCACGAAAAGACAGUAUCCUUCCCUCCACUUGUCCUAAAAAGCAGUCCGACCAACCCAAGACGUAGACAGUAGAGACAAGUCGGGAUGAGAGGAGAGCCACUUGACUCUACUCUCCCAUUUUUUCGAGCAUGUAUCACCACUUUAUCCUCUUCCAGCUAUGAGACACUCUCCUUCUCUCUCAUUCACAACGAAAUCGGAUUGACUUGAUUUGAGCUCAAGUACCUUGCAGGAAUAUAUUCUCAACGCAAAUACUUCAGAAUUGAAUGUAUAUACAUAUACAUGUGUGUUUCAAUCUCAGAAGAAGCAUUCCGGCCGUAAAUGAAUGAUAUGAGUCGGAUGAACAAGGGUGGGCUCAAAAUAAUGACCCCUGAUCGCUCAAUGUUUGUUUGUUUUCUCUGUUUGAUUUCUUUCUAUUCCAAAAAAAAUGCAAAUGUUCCGCAUGAAGUAAGAUUGUUUAUCAUCUUGUAUAUAUAAAUCAAUUUAUUUUAUAUAUACAUACUUACCCUUGAUGAAUAAUCUUUGUCGUUUUCUUACCUUUUUCAAUUUCGUUCUCCUUGUCUCUUUGUCUCUUUUUUCUUUUAUCAAAUUGUUCUUUUUCACAUUUUUUGUCAAUCCAAAAGCCUCGUUUUCUAUUUGUACGAAUCGACACCCUUAAAACAUCACUGCAACAAGAAAUUUCAUAUCAUUUCCCCCCC